AUGAUCCGCUCUGCCCUCUUUUCCAUCGUCCUUUGGCAGACAGCUGCCGAUGACCACAAGCCGUCUGAAGAGAUCAUCUUGCCGACGAAGCCUCCACAGCCACCGACUGACAACGGCGAUCAUGAGGAUUUCUUUCAAAUGCUUCAUUACCUGUUCCACCACGGUAUGGGUGGUGUCCAUAGCGAGGCCGCGGACUUCAUGCCGAGUGCCGUUGGCGAUAUUACUGAUAUCAUGCCGGGUGACUUCUUUGAUACCCGGAAGACUACCAAGUUUGGGGUUUACUCGGGUGACUUCAAAUUGGACGAAUAUGACAGCGUCGCCACCGACGUGACGGUUUACGCCAAGACGAAAGAGUACAACGUCAACGAUGAGGACUUCCGUUAUCUCACCGUUGGUGUCCACGGAGGCACCUUUGGGCAUUGGUUUGGUUACUACCCGACCGUGAAGAUGUACAAUGGUGUCGGCAAUGCGUACAUCAGCGCCUAUUACUUCCGUCCUCUUCCUGUCGAACCUGACAUGAUGACUGGAAAUCAUUCAGUAGGUGAGGAAGCAACCACCACACCCAAGCCGGUGGGUGGUGAGCACGGCCGGGACGAGGAUUAUCAUCACGUCACUUUGACGGCCAAGGCCCGGGCUAACAUCUACCUCCCAUGGGGUCAGACGGCUGUUCCUUGCUUUGGUCCCGCUGGUGGCGAUGGCACCUGGUAUCUGAUGCAUAAGUUUGGUGAUGAGAGGCUUCAUUGUGUCGUCUUUGAUGGUAAGUAUAAGACAUGGUAUUCUGCUGAUCAACCUAAGAAGAGGGAUUCUCAGAAUCCGAUUCUGUGUGGGUAA